UGCGUGGGGGCACGACUGAGAAUAAACCAGAUUGAUUUAACUCAUGUGGUUCGCUCUCUUCUUGUCCUCGGAGAUCUCCUGGUAACGCAUCUGAACAGCACGCAGCGCAAUCUUAACAUUCUGGAUUUACGGUGCUUCAUUGGGAUCAGAAAACGGCAGAUCCAAUAUGUUUGUGUUGAUCGACAGGUUUUGAGUGGGCAGUGAUUACGUUCUAGGAGACAGGUAAUCUUGCGACUGAUGGCAAGGUGGAGAUCACAUGUUGUCUGGGCACACCCAAGCUCUCGCUACUGGUGUGACACAAUUGUUCCUGAUUUCACCUCUCAUCAGGUCAUGCAGAAUCUCCGUGUGUCCCGAGAGUUGUCUGAGUAUAUCUCCAGUCGGGUGAGGCAUGUCUUGGGGAGAAGGAACACAAAUUACCAUUUGUGUGUCCCAAACCAGAAGCAGGUGGCUAUUGCCAUCUGGAAACUGGCCACUGGAGGUGAAUACAGGACCAUCAGCCAUCUUUUUGGAGUAGGCGUGAGCACUGUCUUUAAUUGCGUUCAGGAUUUCUGUAACACAGUCAUCAAGGUGCUGCUCCCUGCCCACAUUACAUGCCCUGAUGCUGAGAGGUUAGCGGAAAUGGCUGCUCUCUUUCAGAGUCAUUGGAGAGUGCCACAGUGUGUUGGUGCAAUAGAUGGAAGCCACAUUCCCAUUAUAGCACCAGAAGAGUAUCCCCGAGACUACUACAACUGGAAGGGAUGGCAUUCGGUUGUUCUGCAAGCAGUUGUAGAUGGCAGAGGUCUUUGCUGGGAUGUGUGUUUUGGCUUUCCAGGGAGUGUGCAUGACACAAGAGUCCUAAAACAGUCACAUUUGUGGGAAGUCCUAAGUGAUGGGGAAUUUCUAGGUCAAAGCAAACUGACCAUCUCUGGCUGUGAGGUUGGACAUUACCUGAUAGGUGAUCCAGCCUACCCCAUGCAGAACUGGCUGAUGAAACCCUUUUCUGACACUGGCAGAUUGACCCCUGAACAACACACCUACAAUUACAGACUCAGCAGUGCACGAUUGGUUGUGGAAAUGGCAUUUAGGAGAUUGAAAGGAUGGUGGAGGUGCCUACUAAAAAGAAAUGACUACAAGCUGGAACUGUGCAAGAAAAUGGCGCUGACCUGCUGUGUCCUUCAUAACAUCUGUGAGGAACAUGGCGACAAUUUCACUGAGGAGCACCAAGACAGACAUGCCAACAUCCAGCCUCCUCUUCAGGCAUUACCUGAACAUGGCAGUCAAAAAGGGGCUGACAUUAGAGCUGCUUUAAUGGCCUACUUUAACAGAGGGAACGAGUAAUUUGU